AUGAGUAUGGACGCACCUGCUUCUUUAAAUUUCUUUAAGGGCCAUCCGUCAUUCAGAUUACUCCCUAACAAAGAGAUUAUCGAGGCAACUACGGAGUUGCUAACACCAGAUAAAAGAAAAUUUGAUUCAGACACAGAGAAUAGACAUCCAUUGACAUAUGGGUCUGAUCAAGGUGCAUUGUGGGUUAGAGAUACAAUAUGUUCAUUUUUGAAUGAUAACGUUUUCAAAUUAUCAAAUGAUUCUAAUGUAAGGUCUACUUCCGAAUGUUUAAAUCUAAAUUCAGGUGCAUCCUACGGUAUCCUAAGUCUCUUAUUACAGACUACAUUAGCACAGACUGGUUACACCAAGCAGGCGUUCAUCAUAUCACCAACUUAUUUCUUAAUUAACAACUGUUUCAUUGAUGCUGGGUUUUCAGGAAAAUUAACUGCAAUUGAUGAAAUUGGUUAUGAUACCAUUGAUUUCAACACUCUUGAGAAGAAAAUACAAGAAUGUGAGGAUCAAGCAAAUAAUGAUGAGUCUACUGAGUGUAUUGACAACCCUGAAAGUGAUAAGAAGAAGAAAGUCUAUAAAUAUGUCAUUUAUACUGUUCCAACUUAUUCCAAUCCAAGUGGUCAUACUUACUCCGAAGAGACAAGAUUAAGACUUAUUAAAUUAGCUAGAAAAUAUGAUAUGUUAAUCAUAGCAGAUGAUGUUUAUGAUAUAUUGAAUUAUGAUGAAGAUAUUUCGAAUGAUAAAGACCUUUUACCUACCCCACCUAAGCGAUUUGUUCAUCUUGAUAGACAAACUUGGUCUCCCACUAUUGAUGAUCCAUUUGGGAAUACUGUAUCCAAUGCUACAUUCUCCAAAUUGAUUGCACCAGGUUUAAGAUUUGGCUAUCACGAGACUGUGACACCAAGUCUGGCAUUUCAAUUGUCAGAAGGUGGUGCAAAUAUAUCUGGCGGUACACCAUCUCAAUUAAAUUCAAUGAUUGUUGGAACAAUGUUAAAGAAUGGAUCUGCUACAAAAAUAUUAAGAAACUUGAUAGCUACAUAUAAAGAACGAGGAGAAGUGCUAUAUAAUAGUGUGAAGAAAUGUUUGCCUCAAAGGACUGAUUGCGAUGUUAUUCAUGGUGGAUACUUUAUAUGGGUUACAUUACCAGAUGGCUACAACAUGGAAGAGGUUCAAAGGCGUUUGAAUGCAAAACAUGAGGUCAUCCUUGCCAAUGGAUCCAAUUUCGAAGUCAUUGGUGAUCCUAAGGGCUGGGGCCGUAGGUCAGCAAGACUAUCUAUUAGUUUCAUGGAGAAAAAUGAAAUCAAAGAAGGUAUAAGAUUAUUUGGUUCUGUUUGUCAGGAAUAUGCAACCGAGUUAGGGUUACCGUUUUAA